CGCAGGUAGUAUUUCAUACUUUUCUAUUCAUAAUCAAAUAUACCAAACCUUCACAAAUUUUACUUCACAAAGAAAGUGUUCAAUAAUUUAUAUUUUUUUUCCUUCUUUGCAAUCCAUUUAUUUUUAUUACAUAUAUAUAAAUUAUAUCAUUUUUAAUAUUUCACACGUUAAACAUUUCAGGAAAAUAUACCAUCCCGUGCAUCGCACGGGUACUGUACUAGUUGUAGCUAAAGAUACAAGUGGAGUUUUGAAACCCAGCACAAAACCUUGCAUCUCUCUCCUCUGAUACACUGAUUUUCCAUAGCCCUUAACGAGAGGAUAUUUGCGGAGAGCUUGCGUGAGGCUCAGUCAUGAGGGAUUCGGGUCUGGAUCUAUUCGACCCGAAAACCACCGGCGAAGACAGCUCGUCUCCUGGCGGUAGCCGUGACCCGGACUUUGGGUUCGCGUUCAACGACAGCAAUUUCUCCGACCGGGUUCUCCGGAUCGAGAUUGUCGCGGAUCCAUCGGAGGCCCCAUCGGAAUCCGAGGCUUGCCAAACCCUAGCUGACUGGGCCGCGCGCAAAAGCAAACGGCGUCGCGGCGAUGCUGCGAAGAGGGAGAACGCUUUGGAUAUCAACCAAUGCCCUGAAGAGCAGAUUUUAGAUAGCCAGUCAGAUGCUGAAGACGGUGGUGAUGAGAAUCCUGAUGAGGAGGAAAUCCUGUUUAUUGAAGAUUUACAAUCAGGAGAUGAGGCUGCAAAUAGUGAUGAUUCAAUUGGGAUGGAAGAUGGUUCAAGACUCCUAAGAUUAUUCUCUAAUGGUAUGAUGGAGUCAGAACAGAGAUACGUAACUCUGAGAAUUAAUGCCUCUGAGGAAGCUGCACUCAUGGAGCUCAUGAAUUUUAUGUACAGCAGUAAAUUAAAUGCCGACACAGCCCCUGCUUUACUGGAUGUGCUUAUGGCUGCCGACAAGUUUGAGGUGGCUUCCUGUAUGAGACACUGCAGUCGUCUGCUAAGAAACCUCCCCAUGACUACAGAGUCAGCAUUACUGUAUCUCGACCUUCCUUCAAGCGUUCUAAUGGCUGAAGCAGUUCAACCACUUACUGAUGCUGCAAAGCAGUUCUUAGCUUCUCGUUAUAAAGAUGUGUCAAAAUACCAAGACGAGGUCAUGAACCUACCACUCGCCGGAAUCGAAUCCGUCCUCUCGAGCGACGACCUUCAAGUACCCUCAGAGGAUGCAGUUUACGACAUCGCCCUCAAGUGGGCCCGAAACCACUACCCGAAGCCAGAAGAGCGCCGCGAAAUCCUCUGCACGCGCCUCGGCCGCUACAUCCGUUUCCCCCACAUGACCUCACGCAAGCUUCGCAAAGUCCUCACCUGCGGCGACUUUGACCGCGAAUUCGCCACCAAAUCCGUGCUCGACGCCCUUUUCUUCAAGGCGGAGGCCCCUCACCGCCAGCGGGCCCACGCAUCCGAGGAGUCAUCAUCCUCUUCGGGCCGCAGGUUCGUCGAGCGGGCCUACAAGUACAGGCCCGUUAAGGUGGUCGAGUUCAGUUCUCCCCGCCAGCAAUGCGUGGUGUAUUUGGAUCUCAAGAAGGAGGAGUGUGGGGCCCUUUUCCCUUCGGGCCGGGUUUACUCUCAGGCCUUCCAUUUGGGUGGGCAAGGGUUUUUUCUCUCGGCCCAUUGCAAUAUGGAUCAGCAAAGCGCGUUCAAUUGUUUUGGGCUUUUCCUGGGGAUGCAGGAGAAGGGCUCGGUUUCGUUUGCUGUUGAUUAUGAGUUUGCCGCCAGGUCGAAGCCGCUGGAGGAGUAUAUCAGCAAGUAUAAGGGCAAUUAUGUCUUUACAGGUGGGAAGGCGGUUGGGUACCGGAAUUUGUUCAGCGUUCCGUGGGAGUCUUUCAUGGCCGACGACAGUCCUUAUUUUAUCAAUGGUGUGUUACAUCUUCGGGCGGAACUCACUAUUAAACGUGAGGUUGUGGCUUAGGAAGAUGGAUGAAAAAGAGGGAAGAGAAAAUGGUUCUUUUUACAUUUUGGAAGAGGGUUGGUGUGCUUUUAUAUUUUUGCCUGUGUUGCUGGGUUUUGUGUAGUUUCGUGCUUUGUACUUGGGAGCAGUUAAGCUCGAGCAUGGGCUGCUGUCUGCUGACAUUUAGGGCUGACUGUAUGUGUAUACUAUACACAAGCCAUUUGAAUAUCAUACAGAGAUCAUGUGGGUGUUUUAAGUUAUGUAAAUAAGUUAAAAAAGACCUUUAUUUAAUAGAAUGAGAACUUGGUGAAAACUUAUUUUUCAUUGAGAUGUGUUUGUGCCGAUUCAUAAUAUCAAUUUCUAUGUUGGAUA